UUCGUCACCCCAAGGACAUGCCACGAAGGAUUCCCCGCUUCCGAUGGCCGUUGCACUCCCUGCAUCCUCCUCCUACUUUCCACGAGCGCACCCGACGGCCGCCGCUCUCCCUCCUGGCCGACCGCUGCGCUUCCAUGCGUCAGCUCAAACAGGUGCAUGCCCAAAUGAUCGUCUCCGCCCGCAUUGCCGACAACUACGCCGCAAGCCGCCUCCUUUCCUUCGCUGCCCUCUCCCCGUCCGGCGACCUUCCCCACGCCCUCCGCCUCUUCCGCGCCACCCCCCUCCCCAACUCCUUCAUGUGGAACACCCUCAUCCGCGCCCUCGCCGCUUCCCCCUCUCCCGCCACUGCCGUGGCCCUCUUCUCUGAGAUGCUGCAGGUUGGCACCCCUUCCGGCAAGCACACCUUUCCUUUCCUCCUGAAGGCCUGCGCUUGUCUCCCCUCCCCCUCCAUCGCGCGGCAGGUCCACGCUCAUGUCCUCAAGCGCGGGUUCCAUGUGGACCCCUAUGUCGUCAAUGGCUUGGUCCGCUGUUACGGUGUUCAUGGUCAUCUCGGGGAUGCCCGGAGGCUGUUCGAUGGAUUGCGCGAAAAGAAUCUAAUCGUCUGGACCACGAUGAUAAGCUCUUAUGCGCAGAAUUUUUGCUCCAAUGAAGCUCUCUUACUUUUUGACCGGAUGAUCGGAGCGGGUGUCGAACCAUGCAAUGCCACUCUGGCUUCCGUGCUGUCGGCUUGUGCUAGAUCUGGUGGGUUGGACUUGGGGCAGCAGAUUCAUUCGUUUAUAAGGGAGAAGGGAAUAGAAGUGGGAGUCAUUCUCGGCACUGCUUUAGUGGAUAUGUAUGCUAAGAAUGGUGCGAUCACAGCCGCACUUGAGCUGUUCAGGCAAAUGCCAGAGAAGAACACAGUGACAUGGAACGCUGUGAUCUGUGGUUUGGCUCAUCAUGGCCUUGCCAAUGCAGCUCUUGAUCUGUUCCACCAGUUGGAGAGGGAGCAGGUCCAACCAAACGAUGUAACUUUUGUAGGUGUCCUGUCAGCUUGUUGCCAUGCUGGCUUUCUCAAACUAGGGCGCCAGAUUUUUUAUUCCAUGGAAAGGACCUACAAGAUUGAGCCAAAGGUGGAGCACUAUGGGUGCAUGGUUGAUCUUCUUGGCCGGUGCGGGAAUCUAUUAGAGGCUGAGCGUUUAAUUAAAGGAAUGAAAUGGGGGGCUGAUGUGGUCGUUCUAGGAGCUUUGCUGACCGCCUGCAAGAACCAUGGGAACAUCGACAUUGCAGAGAGGGUGGUCAAUGAAAUGCUUAGAUUGGAUCCUGGAAACCAUGGUGUUUAUGUUGUUCUGUCCAAUGUGUAUGCAGAGGUGGGAAGAUGGAAAGAUGUUACGAGGUUGAGGAAAGUGAUGAGGGUUGGAGGUUUGAAAAAGAUUCCUGGAUGGAGCUGUGUAGAGGGUGAUGUUAGCUAAGUAAUUUUUGUACCCAUCUGGUGUUAUUGCCCAAGUUGCAACUACAUGUGGAAGUGGUCUCAUGUUUGACACAAGUAAGCCGGUUACAUAUAUCCAUCUGGGUAUUUAUGUUGUUCUAUACAAUAUGUAUGCAGAAUUGGGAAGAUAGAAAGAUGUUACGAAGUUGAGGAAGGUGAUGAGAGUUGGAGGUUUGAAAAAGAUUCCUGGAUGGAGCUGUGUAGAGGGUGAUGCUAGCUAAGUAAUUUUUGUGCCCUUCUGGUGUUAUUGCCCAAGUUGCAAUGACACAUGGAAGUGGUCUCAUUUUUGACACAAGGAAGCUGGUUACAUAUAUCCAUCUGGUAAGUGCCUUAUCUAGACAUAGAUGGCAGAACACCCAUUACAUUCUUUGGUUUAAAUGAGAUGAAGCUUCCAACUCCGACAUGCACAGGAUAGUUUUUUUAUUUAAGUUUUUUUUAAUAAUAUUAACUGAGACUAUGAAUACAGGAUUGUUUGGUAAGAACACUGAAACAAGUGAUCAACCUCAUGAAAAAAACAAGAUUGGCAUCAAACUGGGUCUGUCUGAUAUUUGAAGGUUACAAAGGCUUUACUUGGAGUUGGAGGCCAAGCUUGCUGCCUCAGGCUUUUUUUUUUCAAGGUUUCCUUUCUAUAUCUAAGUGCUCUAGAUAUUUACAACAAGAUUUGACCACUUAAUUAUGCAUAAAAAGCUAACAGAGAUGCCAUGAUUCUUGGUUCAAUGUGUGGUGCAAGAACCUGUAAUAAGGUCCCUAGUAGAAUCAUCUGUUGAGUUGAAAAUAUCCUAAAUUGUCCUGUAAAAGCAUUGGUAUGAUUUUUAUUUGAAAGGAUAAAAGGUAUUUUCUCAACUAAUUGCCUGUCUAUGCUAGCUUUCUGGAUUCAUGAUUCAGUUAUUUAGUGUUUGCAUGCUGUUAUAUGUUUCUUUAAUUUUUAUACAUCUAAACUUUCUCUAUGAAUGUUUGACGAAGGUUUCUCUAUGCCUUCCAUAAAGCAGACAACAUGUCGAGACUAAUGGAGAGCAGGAUUUGUUUGAACUUGAUUGCUGUGGCAUGAUUGAGACAAGUGUAUUGGGAAGCAGUGUUGAACCAGGGUGCACCUAGGAGAGAUUCAUGCAAGGAUUAACAUGGAAAUGAAAUUGGAGAAUAUGCAAUUAAGGAUUAGAGAACUAGUUUUAGAUAUCACACCUUAAGCAGAAGCACGAUACUGGUAUGACAUCUAGCAACAACUAGCAGCAGAGUUGAUUUCAUUCUUUGUAUUUGCUUGCAGUUGUCGUUGCAUGGAUCUUAGUUCUAAAGAAUCACCAAAAGGAAGAUCAAACAUACAACGGAAAGGUACCAUGACUGUCGGGAUAACUUCUAUUGCAAAGCUGCAGCUUCUCAGGAACGACUCAAGGCUGCAAUCUUGUGAUAGCUCUCGUGAAGUAAUAGCUAUUCAGGUAGGACUCGAAGUUGCAGUCUGAGAAGGAAUCAGAUUUAUUCAUGUAGAGACUGGUUCAUAAGCAUUGAUAAAAAUUCUGUGCAAACAUAUUGAUCACUUUGAAGGAUUUUGAAUAUUGUUCGUAAUAUUGUUUUAUCUGUUGGUAUGUUUUAGAGUUUAAAAUUGUAAUAUUGUUUUAUCUGUUCGUAUCUUU